AUGUAUUCUAGGUUUAUAGUUAUAAACGACCCGGAUGACGCUUUCACCGUGUUGAACUCGUGCUUAAAGAAAAGUUACUUUUACAACGUAGUUUUCGGGUGGUUCGGCGAUGGAUUGCUCACUUCCGAUGUGUCAAAAUGGAAGCGUAACCGCAAGUUGCUGAAUCCUACGUUCAGCCAGCAUGUGCUGGAUGGGUUUCUGGAUGUGUUCAACCGGCAGGCGGCGCUGCUAGCGCAGGACAUGGAGCCGAAGGCUGGGACCGGCGAGUUUGAUCCCACGGAGCUUUUCCUUGAAGCUACUCUUGAGGCCGUUUGUCAAACCGCCGUCGGUAUUUCUCUGGACGACCAAUCGGUCAUCGACAGUGAAUACAAGAAAGCCAUUGCAGUCGCCUUCGAGGGUUCCGCUCAGCGGUUGGGCAAAUUCUGGCUUCACCCCGACUUCCUGUAUCAGUUCUCUGGACUUCGGAAACGCAUUGAAGAAGCGGUGGCUGUCAUUCGCAACAUGUCCAAAACCGUGUUUAACAAAAGACGAGCAGAAAGGCAGCAAACUAAGCUCGCCACAACGUCAUCACGUCGCUUCUUGGCGUUCCUCGACCUGCUUCUGGAGCUGGGGGAUGAGGGGUCAUUCGCAGACGAACAGAUCUUGCGGGAGCUGGACGUGUUCAUCGCGGCCGGGCUGGAGACCUCGGCGCGGGCGCUCGUCUCCAUCAUGGUGUUCCUUGGGACAUAUACGGACGUGCAAGACAAACUAUACCAGGAACGAGCAGAUCUUGCGGGAGCUGGACGUGUUCAUCGCGGCGGGCCUGGAGACCUCGGCGCGGGCGCUCGUCUCCAUCAUGGUGUUCCUUGGGACAUAUACGGACGUGCAAGACAAACUAUACCAGGAGUAAGUUCUGAUAAUACAACAUGUCCGACCAUGGCAGCAGGUCGCUUCUUGGCGUUUCUCGACCUGCUUCUGGAGCUGGGGGAUGAGGGGUCGUUCGCAGACGAGCAGAUCUUGCGGGAGCUGGACGUGUUCAUCGCGGCCGGCCUGGAGACCUCGGCGCGGGCGCUCGUCUCCAUCAUGGUUUCUGAUAAUACAACAUGUCCGACCAUGGCAGCAGGUCGCUUCUUGGCGUUUCUCGACCUGCUUCUGGAGCUGGGGGAUGAGGGGUCGUUCGCAGACGAGCAGAUCUUGCGGGAGCUGGACGUGUUCAUCGCGGCGGGCCUGGAGACCUCGGCGCGGGCGCUCGUCUCCAUCAUGGUGUUCCUUGGGACAUAUACGGACGUGCAAGACAAACUAUACCAGGAGAUAAUCUCGGUUCUGGGCCCAAGUUCGUAUUUGGGAAAAGAAGAUAUGUCGAGACUCGUGUACACGGAGGCGAUCAUAAAGGAAGCUCUUCGUCUCAGUCCGGUUAUCCCAGUUAUAGGACGGGAAGUGGACAAAGACAUCAAACUUAAGAAUUACACGCUCCCAGCUGGCAGCGGCUGCGCGGUACUGUUCUGGGGUAUCCACCGGCUGCCGAUCUGGGGCGCGGACCGCCUGCAGUUCAGGCCGGAGCGAUGGCUGGACCCCUCCAGGGUGCCGAGUAGCCCCGGGGCGUUCUGCGGCUUCAGCUUGGGAAGGAGGAACUGCAUUGGAAAACCUUAUGCAUAUAUGGUUGUGAAAACCAUGCUGGUCCAUUUGGUGCGUAAGUACCGAGUCUCGGCUGACUACAGUAAGGUGAAACUGAAGUUUGAUCUGGUACUCAAGUACGUGGAGGGACAACACAUUUCGUUACAACUGAGGGAAUGGUUCUGGGAGAAUGGCAAGGAAGUCAGCGAGGCCGCUGAAAAGGCCGGAGGCGUCAUUACUCUGUGGGCUGGCCCCAGGGUCAUAUUCGCUAUCAACGAUCCAGACGACGCCUUUACCGUGCUAAAUUCGUGUUUGGAGAAAAGUUACUACUAUAGACUGGGUUCCAGCUGGGUUGGCUACGGAUUGCUUACUUCUAAUGUGCCGACAUGGAAACGUCACAGAAAGCUGAUGAACCCGACCUUCAGCCAGCAUGUGCUGGAUGGGUUCCUGGAUGUCUUCAACCGACAGGCGGCGAUACUAGCGCAGGACAUGGAACCGAAGGCCGGGAAAGGAGAGUUCAUUCCUAUGGAGUAUAUUACGGAGAGGACCCUUGAGGCUGUCUGUCAAACCGUCAUCGGCAUCUCCCUGGACGACCGGUCAGUUAUCAACAAGGAAUACAAGAGUGCGAUUGAAGACGGCUUAUACGUCAUCGCUGAGCGGCUGGCCAGCUUUUGGCUCCAACCCGAAAUCUGCUACCGGUUCUCUGGACUCCGAAAAAUCAUGGACAAAGCUAUGGUUCGCGUCCAUAACAUGUCAAGAACCGUAAAACAACCAGUCAAGUCAUUGAUCGCAACAUUUAACCAGAUGGCUGAACGUCGUAUGCUAAACAAGCGAAGAUCUGAAAGACUGGAAGCUAGGCAUGCCAGUACAACACCAAGCCGUUUCAUCGCAUUCCUGGACCUUCUGUUGGACCUGACAGAAGACGGGUCGUUCACCGACGAGCAGAUUCAGGAGGAGCUGGACACGCUCAUCGCAGCAGGAUACGACACCUCGUCACGAGCGCUGCUGUCCACUCUGGUGCUCGUUGGCACGUAUCAGGAGGUGCAGGAGAAAAUGUAUCAGGAGAUAAUGUCAGUCCUUGGCUCCAGUGUGGAUUUGGUCAAAGAAGACAUGCCGAGACUGGUGUACACGGAGGCGGUGAUCAAGGAGGUGCUCCGGCUUAGCCCGGUGGCUCCUUUCGUCGCCCGGGAGGUCGAGAAGGAGGUUAAACUGAAAAAUUACACCAUCCCAGCUGGGAGCGAAUGCGCCGUGACGUUCUGGGGUAUUCACCGGCUGCCGAUCUGGGGCCCGGAUCGCCUCGAAUUCAGGCCAGAGCGGUGGCUGGACCCCUUCACUCUGCCGCAGAGCCCUAGCGCUUUCUGCGGAUUUAGCCUUGGCAGGAGGAACUGCAUAGGAAAGACCUACGCACUGAUGUCAAUGAAGACCGCAUUGGUGCACCUGAUACGGAAGUACCGAAUCACGGCCGACCACAGCAAAGUGAAGCUCAAGUACGCUGUGCUACUCGAGUACGCGGCCGGGCACGAAAUCUCUUUGGAAUUGAGAGAGUAAGAAAGGGACAUCACUAUGUCUGUCUUUCUCGUGUUCAUUUUUAGGGGUAGCAUUUCAGAAUAGAGUAUUUGACUGUAUUUAAAAUAAACUAUUUUACACCAUGCAUGAAAUAAAGCACCAGAAGAUUAAUAGAGAAACGUAGACAGCAGUUAUUUUUAGACACAAUUUCUAUUUUAAAACCCGUAUAAAGCUAUAAAGAGUAGGUAAUUUGAUCGUGACGUCACAUGCUAGUGUUUCAUAUUAAUUCCAUAGUAGCAAAAUCGUUUUGACAGUUCCAAAAAAGAAACUGAUUUGACUAGU